UGCCUCUCCCCCCCGUCCUCCCGGUCCUGGUCGUGAGGCGUGACGCCAUCUCCCUGCGCCCACGUUGGGGGCACGCGGUGCAUGCUGGUCCAGCAGAGGCCGCGCGCGCUCGCUGGCCAUGGCGAGCGACUUCUACCUGCGCUACUACGUGGGGCACAAGGGCAAGUUCGGCCACGAGUUUCUCGAGUUCGAGUUCCGACCGGACGGAAAACUGAGAUAUGCCAACAACAGUAAUUACAAAAAUGAUGUAAUGAUCAGAAAAGAGGCCUAUGUGCACAAGAGUGUGAUGGAGGAACUGAAGAGAAUAAUUGAUGACAGUGAAAUAACGAAAGAAGAUGAUGCUCUUUGGCCCCCUCCUGACAGAGUUGGUCGGCAGGAGCUUGAAAUUGUCAUCGGUGAUGAACACAUUUCUUUUACCACAUCAAAAAUCGGUUCACUUAUUGAUGUAAACCAAUCCAAGGAUCCAGAAGGAUUAAGAGUGUUUUACUACCUGGUCCAGGACCUUAAGUGUCUAGUCUUCAGUCUUAUUGGAUUACAUUUCAAGAUUAAGCCAAUUUAAAAAGUAUACCUUGAAAUUUGUAUUGUAGUAUGUGCAGAACACCCUCCAUUCCUUCUCACUUCUUGGUCUGAACUUUUAUGUAUGUUAGAACUUUUUUACAAACUGUAAGUGAAUGUCUUUAAUAAAGAUGGUCAGAUCUGUAUUUUUAAUUUAAAAGUUGUGUGCUCAUAAAAUGAAGUGUGUGAUCUUUGAACACAUUUAACCUUUGUUACUGUAUAUCUAGGAUGAGCAGCUUUUAGUUUCUGUAGAUCAAUAUACUGUCUAGAUUUAAAAAAAAAAAAAAUGAUUGCCUAUUCUCUCUCUCUCAGCAUGAGGGAGCAGUGAAGGAAAUGAAGACUUAUAGAUCCCUGCUAUUAAACUCUUGGCAGACCUCUCAAGAUAAUUAGCGUCCCAAUCUUUACAUGACAUUUUAGAUUAUCAUUUAACAAUUAUCCGAUAGCAUCUGAGUCAUGGUUCUGAACUAGUUUCUGGUGAUAGGUUUUUAAGCUGUAUAAAAUAUGUGCAAAACCAUCCUUUCAUGGCAGCACCCUUUUUUUUCUGACUGCAGCUCUUGGUCCUUAAACUUCUCUGCAGAGGUUUAUCUACCUUUUCAGUGAUGGAUCCACAUUGAAGAAAAUAAUUAUCUCCUUCCCUUUGUGUUUGGUCAAAUCACUAAAAAGUUCCAUAAAAUAUUUUAAAAUUAGCAAAUGAUUUCCAUGUAAGGAAUAAAGAUAUAAUGGUGAAUCGCAGAAGAAAUCUUUUUCAUCAAGAAAAAAUUAUACUUAGAACACUUUUACUGUAUAUUUAAAGGUUGAGAACACAAAUACCUCUGGUCAUAUCAAGUAUCUUGGAAAAUCCAUCUUUACAACUGCUAAGUGGUGCUGAAUAAGCAGUGUAUUCUUACAACAAAAAAUAAAUUUCAGGGUAUAUGUUUAAAGAGGUAGAGACGAGGCUGGUCUGCAAAUAGGGAAGGUUAAAAAAAUCUCUAAUAGCUACUUAGUUUAAUUCAAGGUAAGCUAAAACUUCUAAGUGUUACAUCUUUUUACUAUACGAAAAAUAAAUAGAAAAUGUUA